AUGUACUAUAUGCAGUACCUGUCAAGUCUCUGCCACCGGCGUCAUUGGCCUGAUCCUCUCUACGGCUCCUACCGCACAUCUGCCGGAUACACAUGCACAGUCCGCGUCAACAAUCGCGAAUACCAAACAGACACUGGCUACGAAAGCGAGAAACUGGCACGCGAAAAUGCAGCCAUGCGAGCGUACCUGAUUUGUCGCAAUUUCUCCGUCAAUGACGGCAUGUAUCCUGCCGGAUACCACAACCGGGGCAGCAGCAAUGGCAUCAUCCAGGGCCUCCCCGUAGCAAUCGGUACUGGCCGCCGAAGCACUUACUCUGAUGACGGGGCAUAUGAGGCCAGCGUCGGCAGCAGUAACGAAAGUGUCGGAAGCAGCCGCGCUAGUAGUGACAGCGGCAGAGGCGGCUCCAGCGGAAGCUACGAAGGAAAUACCGUGUCGCGGUCGUCCUUUUUUUACGAAAGGCGUGUAUAA